AGUCAAAUAAAUCUAUAGUUCGUUAACAAAACGUGUUUCACUUAUGACGUCAUAACUUAUUAACAUGGCCACUUGAAAAGCUCGCAGAUUAGUUCCGUUUUCAGGAGUAAAAUUAACUAUUCUACUGAACAUAAAAUGUUCAUUUAUAUAUCAAAUUGAUUGUAAAACUGUGGAUUUUUAGUUAAAGGGGAAAAAAGAGAGGGUCUAAAUUAAUUGCGUUAACACCUCCAACUUAAAUCACAUACCAUAAACGUGGCAGGCAAUCAGAUUAGAUAAAUUAAAACAAUUCAUAUGCACUUCUUCGGUCCUUUUAUCGCUAUGAGGUAAAAAAAUAUGGUUUUUGUUUCAAAAUUUCGUCGUAUUUUGUUCGCAGUUUGUGUAGUCUGUGGAGUAUGCCUGAUUUGUGUUCUUUACGAUAACUUUCCUUGGAAAAUAGUGCUUGUUAAUCGAACCUUAAACGUUUCACAUGUCCUUAAUGGCGCAGAGAUUUCAGGACAUUCGCUAUCGAGGUUAAAAAACACGAGUUUAAAAGGUUUAAUAAACUGUCAUACUUGGGCACUUCCUUGUGAAGUUUCCUUGAAAAGAUUCAUUGAAAAUCCUCUUUAUCCGAUUUCUCCAAAUACUCAAACAUUAGUUGACAGUUUGUCGUUAAAAUGGUCAGAAAAAAACAGCAAAGAUGUUAACACGUUGGGAAGGAGGAUGUUUGGCUAUCUUCUUGCUCCUUACAGUGGUAUUUAUGUAUUUAGUUUGACAACAAAUUGUGACGUUGAAUUUGUGUUGAGCAAAGAUGACCAAGUUAACAAUGCCAGGCGUGUACUUGAAAGUGAUGUACAGAAUAAUAAUAAAAGUCAUCUGUUCCAAUUUUAUUCCUUGGAGAUUUAUCUAAAAAAAAGUCAUUAUUAUUACAUAGAAGUUCUUCUUACACAGCAACCAAAUGGUGCAUUCUUUCUGAAAUGGAGAAUUCCUACUGGGCAGAGGUUUGAGGCAAUUACAACAGAUUAUAUCUUCACCUUCAUGCCCAAUAACUUGGUUUUUAAGGAUUUUAUGGAGCUUGUUCCUUUGCAUAAUCAAUGGCAAAGUUUUAUAUACCGUCAUCCAAGACAUUCAAUUUUACAAAAUACAGAACAAUUGUUGUCAGUUGAUAAGUAUUUAGAAUGGGACAAUGUUAAAGAGGCUCUACCUUUAUGUAAAUAUCAACCAGGAUUUGUUGGUAAAACAGUAUUGCAUCGUUAUCAUGCUGUUAAGGACUUUGUUAAUCCUUCAUAUGUCUAUCCCCAAGUUGCACAUUCAAACAUAAAUGAUGGCAAAUGGAUUCCAUGGUUUCCAUUGAAUGAGAAAGAAGCACUUGACAUUGUUGAUUUAUUUCUUAACCAUCUUGAAACUGCUUAUCCACGGCAGUAUAAAUUAAAAAAAAUCCUCAACAUUGAAAGAAAACCUGAUUGGCAUGAAAGCAACCCAGUAUUUUACCAAGGAACUUUGAAGAAUGGUGACAGAUUUUUCUUGGAACUUUUGUUGUGGGAUGAAAAAUCAGGAGAUGAAAAAGUCUUGUCUGAGUACAUUUAUCAACCCACAAAAAAUUCAUCAUUAUGUUACCCUGAAGGAAUGCAAUGGAAUAAGAAAGCACCUGUUUAUCUUUUGAUAUCAGCUCGAAAACAAGCCUCAUGGCUGUGGUAUUUUAUUCAUAAUGUUGGAAGGAUUUAUAAAGAAACAAAAGAUGAAAAUCUUCAUGUUGUGGUUUACGACUAUGACAGUACUGAUAUCAAUAUUGAAAAGGAAUUCAUGCGUAGUUCUUUUGAAAACUUUGUGAUUUUAAAAAAUCCUGAUUCAAUGUACUCUCGGACUUUUUCCCUUAACAGAGCAGCAGAAGCAGUUAAAGAUCCUCAUGCAAUCAUAUUUACCAUUGAUCUACAUCUAGAAAUACCACCUACUUUUGCUAACAAUGUUCGCAAGCAUUGUAUUUAUGACAAAAUGGUGUACACACCAAUCCUUACAAGACUUGUAUGUGGUGCAUCACCUUCAUAUCCCUCUGGGUCAUGGGAUCCUUGGGGAUAUGGAAUGUUUGGAGCAUGUAAGGCAAAUUGGGAUAAAUUCAAAGGAUUUGACGAAGUACAGUUUCGUACGAAGUGGGGUGGGGAAGACUGGGAUCUAGUGGAUCGUGCAUAUUGGUCUGGACUGGAGUUUGAGAGAAUUAAAAUGGCAGAUUUUUAUCACUAUGAUCAUUCCAAAGUUGGAUUGUGGACGUAAGGUGCGUAACACGAUCUAUUUCUUUGUAAGUUUAUAAUACAAAUUUACAAAGAAAUUUGUCAUUUGGAAUAAUUCUGAUUGGAAUAUUAAAACAAUUGUUCAUUACAAACUGUGUAGGUGCUAAAUCAUUUAACUAUGUAAAAUAGUCAGAUGUAAAAUGUAGUGUAUAAAUAACCAUGUUUUAUUUAAUGAAACCAGAAAAAGUAUUGUGAUAUUAUUCUUCAACCAACAUUUGUGUAUUUCCACAUUCAAUUCCUGUUAAAAUCUCGGAAUACAGUUCUGUCAUCUAAUAAAAAAUAACAAAAUAAAA